GCGCACCACACUGAUCCAAUGGCAGGAGCCAGGUACUUAACCUGGUCUCCCAUGGGGUGCAGGGCCCAAGAACUUGGGCCAUCCUCCACUGCACUCCCUGGCCUGGAAGAGGGGCAACCGGGACAGAAUCCGGCACCCCGACCGGAACUAGAACCCGAUGUGCUGGCGCCGCAAGGUGGAGGAUUAGCCUAGUGAGCUACGGCGCCGGCCUGUACUCUUCAAUCUUAAUUGUUUUAUUGUCUUUAUCCAAACAAUAAUAAUUAACAUAGAAAUAAAUUUUAUUUUAAUGUUUAUUAAAUGCUUAUUAAAUAUGAGGUGUUAUAUUAAUUUAUACAUGUAUAAACAUACACAUAUUUAAUCCUUAUAGCAACCUAUGAGUAGGUAUGAUUAAUUUCUUCUUACAAGUGAGAAAAUUGAGGCUCAGAGAUAUUAAAUAAGUUCCUUAAGUUGUAUUAUUAUAUAGCUGGUAAGUAAAGAGCUGAACAAGUAGUUCGGGCAUUCCAUCUUCAAAGCCCACUCUUCUAAUGUGUAGAUUCUGCUUCCUCAAGGGGAUUCCCUUCACUUUUCCCCAGUUCUUUAAACUGCAUCAAGUCUGGCUUAACCUAUCAGUCAAUGUACAAUGUAUAAGUAUCUAGCAUUGUGCCAAGGGUAAGGAUAUACUAGAGAGUUUUAAAAUGGUGUUUUUUAUGAUAAGGGCCCUGUAUAUUUUUGUUAGCCACAGAAAACCUACAGAUAUCAAAUAACUAGUGGAAAACAUCAUCUCUAUUGAGUGAUAAAUUGGGCAGUACAGACAAAUCAUAGAUUCAUAUUGUGAGAAUCAAAGAAAAGGACUUCUGAGACCACCUAUGCCAUUGUGCUUGUUUUGCAGUUGAAUAGCUUAAUGGCAUAUCAUGAAGUGCUAAUCAUUUGAUGCAGAAACAUAACAAUCAACAGAGCUUAAAGGCUGGUGCUGCAGCUCAAUAGGCUAAUCCUCCACCUUGCGGUGCCGGCACACUGGGUUCUAGUCCCGGUCGGGGCACCGGAUUCUGUCCCGGUUGCCCCUCUUCCAGGCCAGCUCUCUGCUGUGGCCAGGGAGUGCAGUGGAGGAUGGCCCAAGUGCUUGGACCCUGCACCCCAUGGGAGACCAGGAUAAGUACCUGGCUCCUGCCAUUGGAUCAGCGCAGUGUGUUGGCUGCAGUGCGCCGGCUGCGGCGGCCAUUGAAGGGUGAACCAACGGCAAAAGGAAGACCUUUCUCUCUGUCUCUCCCUCUCACUGUCCACUCUGCCUGUCAAAAAAAAAAAAAAAAAAAAGAGCUUACAGAGAUUGGGGAAUAGGUAGUACAUCAAAAGGCAUUGAGGAAAGGGGGGCAAUGUUAAUAGUUGUCAUCAAAGAAUGAUUCACAAAGGAUGUAGGACCUGAUUUCAACUUACAUGAUGGGGAGCUUGUCUUUGGGGGAGAUUGUUUGUAGGGAUGUGUGCAUUGUGUGUAUACAUGAGUGCACACAUACCCAGUACAUCAGGAAUGAAGCCAUGCAGUGACUGAAGUGUAAGACUUAUGCUGUCUGCUUGUUCACUUUUCUAUCUCUGGUAUUGAGUUUGAUAGUGGGUGAGCAUUGUAAAAGAUAUAGGUUCCUGACCCUCACCCAGAUUGGUUAAAUCCCAGUCUUUAGAGGUUGACAUGGGACAUCAGUCUUUUUUGUUGUUGUUGUUGUUUUAAAAAAAGCUCUUCAGGUGUUUCGAAUGUGAAGACAGUAUUGAGAACUAUGAGAAAGUAUGGGCAUGGUGUCUUGUCGUGAUGUUGCUAUUUAGUAAAGAAUAUAAUAAAUGUGCUCAAUAGCCUAUGGCCAGUGCCCUGUAGACAUACAAUGGCAUAACAUAACAGAAGGAUUUGAAAUGAGAUGAGAUGAUAAGGGAUAGAUAGAUGAAAGGGGGGAGGUGCUGAGAAGACCAUUUAGCAAACAAUUAUAGUAAUUAUGGAUUAGGAGGUUGAAGCCUUGCCUAGGGUGGUUUUUCUGGAAAUAGAAAAAGGAAAGGUGUAAUCUGAGACUUUUCUCAAAGGCUUGCUUAAUUGUAAAAUCUAAAGGAUGAGGAAAAAAGAAUAGCCCAAGAAAUUAAGUGGCAAAUACCUGCCAAAUGAUAGGUUACAUUAUGAAAUGUUUUUAGGAUGCUCGGAAUACAAAAAUAUAACAUUUAAUGAAAAACUAAUACUUGAGUUUUUACAAGUCAGCAUUUAACAUUGACUAAUUUGAUGGUGAUUUUGAAACUUAAUAUUGACUUGUGGUAGGAGCACUAUUUUAGAUGGAACUGGAGGACAUUUUGUUAGGUGAAAUAGAUGAGAUGCAGAAAGACAAAUACUGUGUUCUCCCACAUAUGUAGAAGCUAAAUAAAACCUCGAUAUGAACACAAAAUGGUGAUUACUAGAGGCUUGUAGGGGUGGAGGUAGAUAGAGAGUGUUUAAAUAACAGGUACCAAAUCAGCAUUUGAUUGAAAGUUCCAAGUGUUACACAGCAUAGUGGUCAGAAUAAUAGUUCACAAUAACCUAGUGUAUAUACUAUGUGUAAAAGUGGAAGAAACAAAUUCCAUGCCUCCAAUAAUUAAUGUGAAAGAAGUGGAAGUGCUGAUUACCGUGUUUUGAUAAGUACACAUUGUGUAUGUGUAUUAAAAUAUACAGUGUAGCCCACAAAUAUUCAUAAUUAUUGCUAAAAAGAGUGAUUUUGUUUGAUAUAUUUACCUAGAUAUCCAGUGAUUGUUCUUAGAUUUAUACUCCUUUUCCAAGACCCUUAUCACCACUAAUGGAGUGAAACAGUGCUACAUAGUACUUCCAUUUAUAUAAAUUCAUGAUGUGUCUCAUGGCUUCCAUUAGUCAGUGCCAUAUUUGAGUGCACUAUCACAGAGUUCCUACCUAUAACUUCAAUCACUAUAUGAGAAGUCUGGAGGGAGAGAGUUGCUGACAUUAGUCCAGGCCUCAUGGACAUCAUAAUCAAUAUCUCCAUGAUUCUGAAGGUUCCUUUCAUGGUUCAAGGACAUCAUGUAUAUUCUAACCAGCAAGAGAGGUUAAGCAUGGUUUAAGAAAUCUAUAAUCUUUUUUUUUUUGAUAGGUAGAAUUAGACAGUGAGAGAGAGAGAGAAACAGAGAGAAAGGUCUUCCUUCCGUUGGUUCACCCCCCAAAUGGGUACUACAGCUGGCGCACUGCAAUGAUCCGAAGCCAGGAGCCAGGUGCUUCCUCCUGGUCUCCCAUGUGGGUGUGGGGCCUAAGCACUUGGGCCAUCCUCCACUGCCUUCCUGGCCACAGCAGAGAGCUGGACUGGAAGAGGAGCAACCGGGACAGAACCAGCACCCCAACCAGGACUAGAACCCCGGGGUGCCGGCGCCGCAGGCGGAGGAUUAGCCUACUGAGCCGUGGAGCCCAGAAAUCUAUAAUCUUAAAAGGAAGCUGCUAGCAAACCUGCCUAGCCUUUGUGUCAGAGAGAGAUUUUCUUAAUUAUUUUGUUCAAGAAACAAAGCUGUGCUCCAGAGGGACAUAUGGUGUUCUUCAAGGCUGUACACUAUAUGAACAUCCUUGAAGAGAUCUAGAAUAGAAGUUUUUUCAGUGACUAUGCAGAAAUGUUCAGAAACUGAUGGAGAAUUGUUUUCCAAGAAAGUCCUUGCCUGCGAACAUUUUUUUAAGAUUUAUUUUUUUAAAGAUUUAUUUAUUUAUUGGAAAGUCAGAGUUACACAGAGAGAGGAGAGAGAGAGAGAGAGAGAGAGAGAGAGAGCGCUUCCAUCUGCUGAUACACUCCCCAAUUGGCUGCAUUAGCCCAAGCUGCGCUGAUCUGAAGGCAGGAGCCAGGAGCUUCUUGCAGGUCUCCCACGUGGGUGCAGGGGCCCAAGGGCUUGCUUUCCCAGGCCAUAGCAGAGAGCUGGAUUAGAAGUGGAGCAGCUGGGACUAGAGCUGGUGCCUAUAUGCAAUGCUGGCACUGCAGGUGGCAGCUUUACUCGCUAAACCACAGCACCCCCCCCCCACCGUUAACAUUUUUAAAUGCCAUCUUUAGCAAAGAUAUUGACUAAAAAAAUGAAGGCACCAUCAAAUUCUGUCAUUUUGGUGUCAUUUUCUAAUAAUGUCUUGGUAGAAAUAUCAGAAAGUAUUGUGAAAAAUAGUUAGACUUAUUAUCAUUAAUAACUCAAGUAGUUGAUCCAUAUCACUAUUGAUGCAGCCUUGAAAUAAAAUUUCUCUUUAUUUCUCUUUCAAGUUUCUGGAUUUAUCCUGUUGAAAGAUACACUGAAAUUGCAAAGAAAGCUAUUAAAAACCAUUUCUAUUUGCCGUUAUUUUGUACGUGAAUCACAGUCAUUCCAAUGAUGUGAAACAAGUAGAAAUUCAAAAUUAAGUGGAAUGUAAAAUUAACAAUCUACAGAACUUUAUGGAAGUAUUAUACCUUAAUGUAUGCAAAUUAAAACAACAGUAACAACAUUUAUGAGGUUUGGGUAAAUUCCAGGAUGUGCUGCACACUAUGACAAAAGAAUCAAGUACACUACAAAUGUAUGAUCCAAUCUUCCUGAAGAGAGUGGAGAGAAAAAAGAGUGACUUCAGUAACUAGAAAUGAGUGAAGUCGUUAACUGUAGAAGAAAUUGCAUGCAAGCACGUAUUAUGUUGAUAAAGUCAUUUCCCAUAGGAAUGUGGGAUAACAAUUCUGAAAACACUACAUAUGUGUAUCAGAACUGAAUCUUUAUGUCAGGUGGAUCACUGGACAUGAGGACUGGGGAGGGGCCAAAAUGCCCUUCUUCUGGGGUGAAUCCAAGGACUCUUUUCUCUUCUGGGAACCACCCACAACCACCCACUUUGUGGUUUAACUUGUGGUUAAAGUAUCCAAUUAAAUGUAAGCACAACCAAACUAGAAAAGUCUAGUUUGUAGCCACAUGGGCAGAGAGCUCAAAUGUACGCAACUCCCAGAUGUCAAUCAGAAAUGUGGGUCAUGAGCAUCACAGGUUCAUCACAGUCAAGUCCCCUCAUCUCUUAGGGAUAAAAGCCUCAAAACAGGAAGAAAGGUGCUCCCUUGACUGUCUCAUUCCUCUCUUGGAAUGUGCUUUAAUAAACUUCUAUUUACUAUUCCUUCAUGGGCCAUAUGCUCUCUUGACUGGCCUGUUUUUCCCUUGGAACUUACUUUAAUAAAAUUUUAUUUUACAAUCCUUACUUCUGUCUCUCUGAAAUAUAAUUCUUUACUACAUUGGUGUAAAGCAACCAAGGCAAGCUGGCUUCCUCCGAUGAGAAGUAUAUAAAUAAAUAUUCCUUAAAGCUAGAGUGGGAGGUCACAGAUAAGCAAGGGAAGAAGACUGGAAUGAUUUGUGUGGUAAUGAGUUAGAGGUGGAGAUAAUAAUAUGAACUCAUAGUUAGUGUCAAAUCUUGGUUUCUGAUUCCACUUUCCAACAAAAGGAACCAGGAGUCCUUAGAGAAAUGGCAGAGUUUUAGUGUAGGGCAGGGUAAGCCUAAAGUACCUUAUAGUGUUGAAAAGUAGAAAAUUGCUCAACAAAACACACACUUUGUGGGUUACGUUGAAUGGAUAUUAGGGACCAGAUGAAAGAGUUCCCAGCAGCCAAAACUAGAAUAAUUUAUGUGCAAAAUAAACAAGUAGUUUGGAUUAUAAUCUGAUAUACAAUAUAAAUAUCUGUUGACCUAUAGCAAUAGUAAUAUAAAAUGAUUGAAUAAAUAAGUGAGGGAAGAACAGACAAAUCUGGUGCAGAAAACUCUGUGCGUAAAACCACUAGCUCAGCGAGCUGGUCAAAGUUAAUGUAAUAAGCCAUGUUGAUGGUAUGUGCCCCUGAUAAGAUGUGCUAAGAAUAGCUGUAGCUCUGUUGUCUUUGGGGAAAGACGACAAAAUCUCAAUCCAUGUCAUAAUGAGAAAAACAUCAGCUAGUUCCAGCUGAAGGAGAUUCUACAAAAUAACUGAACAGUACCCUCAAAGCUAUCAAGAUGAUGAAAAACAAAAAGAGUCUAAGAAACUGUCAUAGCCACGGGGAAUCCUAAGGUGAAUUAAUGACUAAUUAUAAUGUGGUCCUUUUAUACUGAAUAAGAGCCUGGAACAGAAAAAGGACAUUAGGUUAAAACUAAGGAAUUCUGAAUGAAAUGAAUACUAAUGUGUAGUGAUGGUUUAGUAAUUGUGACAAAUGUGCCAUACUAAUAGAAGAUAUUAUAUAACAACAGAGGAAACUGGAUUUGGAAUAUAUGAAAACCCUCUAUACUGUCUUGCAAGAUUUAUGUAAAGCUAAGUCUAUUCUAAACUAAAAAUGAUUAUUCCACAAAGUACAAAUAUAAACUAUAAUGUUCUUUCCAUCACAAAAUAACUGGUACAUAUCUAUGUGCGUGCCCUCUGACCACAGAUUUGAAUUAAUGACAAUGUUUUACUUUAGUAAAUUAUGAAACUUUAAAUAGGCAGCAUUGUGCCUUUUAUGAUGAAUAUUUCAUGGACUUAAUCCUUAUAUAUAUUUCAAAUAUGGGCUAAAAUUUCAGGUAAUUUUCAUAUUUAAAGGAUCUGAUGAAGAACUGUUUGCAUUUUCUUAGUAAAGUUUCCCUUCUUCAGUUACUUUGACCAUCCAUUCCAUUUGUGCAUUAAUGUAGUGAUCCAAUAUGUUAUUUUACUUUAAAAAAUAUAUAUUUUUGGUGGUAGAGGUGAGGGAAAGAUUUCAACUGCUGAUUUACUCCCUAGAUGCCCAUAACAGCUAGGGCUUGGCCAGGCUGAAGAAGGAGCUGGAAAAGUCCAACUACUUGAGCUAUUAAUGCUGCCUCUCAAGGUCUGCAUCGGCAGGAAGCUGGAAUCAGGAACCAUGUAUUCAACCCAGGGCACUAUGGACUGACAAAGUUCAGAAACAUCUGGUUUUUAAGCAAAGACAUGGAAACAUCAGUUGGUGGGAAAUACUGGACUGAGCUGAACCUGGCUAUGAAUGAACAGAAGGAGAAAAUUACAGAAAAGUUCAUUCUUUCAAUGUCAGCAAAGGAACACAAAAAGGCACAAGAAGAGGUGAGCAAGCUGAUUGAUGAAUUGCAGACAGCUAUCAAAAGCAACAGAGGUCAUCUCUCGAAACUUGGCCCCCAAUUACAGGCUGAGCAGGAGCAAUUCUCCUCUUAUGUCUACCAACACAUUAAAAGCCUUCCAGCAAACACACUGUUCCCAAGAGGCCUGAAACUCAAGGUAUUUGAAAAUGGCAAAGACACUGGCGAGAUCCCCGUUUGUAUCAGUGUAAAAGAUUUGUGUUCUGAUAGCCCAACUCAAACUGGCAAUCUGAUGGAAAGAUUACUUCUCAAGAUUCAUCAAAGACUUCGAGGUUCUUCCAUCAGCCCACCAGGCCUCCAUUUUUCUUCAACUCGGCUUUUUGACGAGCAUGGUCAAGAAAUUAAGAAUCCACUUUUGCUGAAGAAUGAGCAAAAAAUCUGGGUCUCUUAUGGUAAAACAUACAGAUCUCCACUGAACCCUGUGUUAGGUUUGACCUUUGACCGAGUGACUGCAUUUGUCAGAGGUGGCGUCACAGUUGCCUAUAAGAUCUUUUCGGAUCAUACUACUGUUCUACUACCUGGAUAUGACAAUUGGGAAGUUUGUGAAGGCUUUCCAAUUAAUUUCAACUGUACCAGUCAACAGAUACCUGAUCACUUUGAAAAGGUGGAUUUGGACAACCAUUUCCUACAGAACAAGGUGGAUCCCAGUAUCAUCCUUCAUGCCUCUGUUUCCAUUGGAAAGCGGAGUCCCUCCAGCAGUCAAGUGAGCAGCAGGAGUCCAAUAGCACUGUCAACCCUGGGGCCUGCCGCCAGUGUGUGGCUGAUCACGAAGGCUGGAAUGAUCCUGAGCAGAGCGAUAACUCAGGGCUGUCUUGCUAUUGGUCAUCCAGUCAGAGUCAGUGCUGCGGAGGGAACAUCACUAGAAGGAUAUAAAUUAGUCCUACAGAAAAGACGUAAAGGAGAUGAAUCUCAGAAGUGGGUGUUCGGAGCUGAUGGUUGCAUUUACUCUAAGGCUCUUCCUCAAUUUGUUCUGACCCACCUAGAGGAGCUAAACGCACGAGUGCAUGUGGCCCAGACGGAGUAUCACAGUCACCAUGGCACCAGGACCACAGCUCAUCAGGAACGUGGCAGAAACUUAGCAGAAGAGGUGCUGCAAGAGAAUGCCAGCAACCCUGGUUUGAAGCAACUACCAGAACCCUCAGACACCCACUUCAUGCCAGAAGGUUCUCUUGAGGAGACAAGGCAGCUGACAGUGGCACUGGUGAGGAAGCUGAAAGAGAAACAUCCUAGGGCUGCUGCUCAGAGGUGGGCCAUAAAGCAUGAAGGGACUAGUAAGCCAGGCCAGUGGAAACAUUCCCGAGUUGAAAAUCCUCUGUGGAACAAGCUUGCGUACAUGUGGCCAGUCCUGCCCAGUGGCCAGCUGAAUGAGGAGUUUGAUUGGCCAAUAGAAGGACUGCUUGUUCCAAAUAGUCCUCCCAUGAAGAAACCCAUCUGUAAGAGCCCAGAGCAAUGUGUACCUGUGAGACUGAGAGUGCUACAGAAUGGAGACAAGAAUAAAGACAGAUACAUGGUUAUAAUUGGUCCAGACAUCUCAUCUGGAUGGAGAACAGAAAAUUCUAUCACUAAAAAGAAAAAGGAAACCUAUGUCACUGAAUAUUCUGAAACAAAAACAAACCAGAUUGAAUUUCAGCAAAUUUUGGAAAGGUGCACUGAAAUUUUAAAUUUACCUUCCGCAGCUCGGAGACUGUUUAAUGAAAAGGGGAAGGAAAUCUUUGCCCUGAGAGACCUGCAAAGAGAUGAACUGGUGUACGUUUCGUGCGGAGAACCGUGGAUCAAUCCUGAUGUAGCCACAGCUCAGCAAAAGCAGCGAAUCCUCCUCAGGAACUUAGCAUCGGAUGUUUCCAAAAUGCAAGCCUUCUGCAGCACGCAUAAGCCAGAGGCUCUCGUUUUAGAAGUCCAAAGUGACAUUGCGUCUGGAAGCAAGCUUGCUGUGCGCAAACCUAUAGUAAUUUUUGGAGAAAAGAAGGAAGUUACAGAACCAGAGGAAAAGCAAAUGCAGGCUGUUUUAACAAUGGAAAGUGCUUCCAGAGAAAUUCUAGAUUCACAUGCAAGAGCCCAUCUCCGAAUGGAGGCCAGCCAGCCACUUCUCAGGUACGCCUGGCAGGAGAUUCCUCAUGGCUUGGAGGAGGAUGACAAUCUUCCAAAGGACACGGACGAAGGGCUCUGUGGGGAUGUGGAAGCACCGAAGAAAUACAGCCAUUCUCCAAAGCAAAGUAGAUUGCAGAAGCUUUGCCAUCAGCAGUUUGAAUUCAGAGAUGGGCAAAUUGUCAGCCAUGCUGCUCCUCAGCUAGUCUUGGGGGUACAGGGUCCUGGCCUGCAUUCAGGUACAGAGGUGGUUUUGGUCAAGAAGAAACCCAAUGAUAGCCAUCAACGCUGGAUACACAAGGAAGAUAGCAGGACCUUUCACUUGGCGAGUAACCGAGAUCUUGUGCUGGCAGUGUCCAUGACCAAGGCUAGAAAUGAAGCCAGUGGCUAUCCAGUGAUUGUUCAGAAAUAUAAGGAAUACAACAAUGGAACUGCCAAUCAAAAGUGGCAUUACAUGGAAAAUAUGAAAGCGUUUAUGGCCUUUCAUAGCAGUGCCCUGGACAAGGAAAUCACAUCAGCAAAUUACGCUGGCAUCUGUACAUCUUGUGUUAGUAAAGAAAACAUUGAUCAACCAGGAUACUAUUACCUCUCACCUGGUGGAAAGAGAAUAAUACUCUGCUUGGCUUGUGGAGGAUCCAUGAGAACAGAGAAGGAAUUGAAACAGGUGCUUCCAGGGUUUCCAUUCCUCUGUGCUUCAGGCUCCAAAACCUCGCGAGGGCCUUUCAAGGUCACCAACGUGGCCAUGGUUGAUUUAUCAUCCUCCGAGGCUGAGAAAACCCUAAGUUGUUAUGAAGAACGUCUGCUAUCUUUCCGGAUGAAGGCUGGCAUGCAAGCUGUAUCUCACAGUGGUGUAGCGGCUAAGCACCAGAAGGAAGUGAAAAUAAUUGCAUACAAAAAUGGGGAUGGAUAUCGUAAUGGGAAGUUAAUUGUGGCUGGAACGUUCCCCAUGCUUCUUACAGAGUGCACAGAAAAACUUGGGCUUGCCAGAGCAGCCACCAAAGUUUAUACCAAGGAUGGAACCCCAGUCUGUACUUUGUGUGAUUUGGUUUCAUGGGCUCUAGAAGAAUCUUUCAUUCAGAGAGACUCCAAGGAACAGGAGAAAGUUGCAGCUCCUAUUGGACCAGAAGAGACAACUCUCCAAAAAAACCCAAGAGUGAUAUUGAAAAAUAAAUUAUUUCCAAAGUCUUUGACAUCCAACAGUUUGGAUGAUAUCGAUACAUCUUUGCUCAUCCAGAUCCUUAGAAAUCCUAUUGCCAUUUGGGUAUCUUGUGGUGAGCCAUUUCAACCUCCAAAUGCUUUGCAGAAAGCAGAAACAUUCGAGAAACAGAUUUGGCUUAAAAAGGACAAAAUUUUGGCUGAUCUGGAUUCCAUGAAACACAAAAUGAGACAGUUAAAAGGGCGCCGUGUAGCAGCAUGUCAGCCAGCCACCAUGAUUCCCACCCAAAGCCCUGCGCAGCCAGUGGUGGUGGAAGGAGGAUGGACUGAACAGACUCCAGAGGAAAUUAAACUCAUGGAACUUAUAAGACAUACAGAGGCACACCUUUCUGAAGUCCAGGAACAACAGUCCAAAAGAAGCUUUCCAGUUGUGAGUAAACGUCUGGCGGUGAAGCGGAGCAGUCUGUACAAGCAACCCGACACAAAACGGGUCUGGACCUACCUAAACGGAAGCAGACCUGAGGACGGCACCUACGCCUGGGGGAAAACCAUCUCAGAGCUGUUGGAGAAUUGUUCCUCUCGUCUCAAAAUGGCCCACCCAGCCAGAGCACUGUAUACUCCAGAUGGAAAGCUCAUUGAGUCAUGGGAUGAUGUAGAACGAGACAUGGUCAUCUGUGUGGCCACAGGACAUGACUUUGUAACCCAAAAAGAAGUACAAGAGAAGAGAAAUGAAGACCAAAAGGUAGAGAGACAAAGAUUUAUUGGGAUGCCUUGCCUAGCAUUGAGGAGUGCCACAAAGAUUCCUCCUGUAUCACCCUUCACUAUGGAAGAAGCCCCACUCUUCAUAUUCUUUGAAUUCUGCUGUUCACAUCAUCUACCACUACCCAUAACCCCAGAGCUUGGUGACCGUCACUGUGUGGUCGCUUACAAAAAUAAGAGUGAAGUUCUUAUAAUCAGUUUAAGCGACAACUUUCUACAUUACCAAAAUGCAGAGUCUAUAGAAGAAGUAUGUCAGCCUUCCUUUCCUGGAAAAAAAAUCAAUCUAAUUAAGAAUGUGAACAUAUUUGAUAUGAUUAAGCACAAUUGAAUAGCAAGCAAACAUAGUAUGGUAGAAGGCACGUUCCCAGUUCCCUAGUUGGGCUUAAUCUUUCAUAUGCCUGGGACUGGCUCCUGCACAUACCCUACCCUCCUUCCCACAUUGUGUUCACUGGGCUUGCCUGAUGCAUAAAGCUACGUAUGCUUCAGACAAGCUAGCCAAAAGGGUUCCGAACCUCAGAGAGAAAUGCUUCCCAGAAGCAAGCCUGUCAUCAAUAAAAACUGUGCAGGUAGGACAGAAAAAUGGGAAAUAUAAAUAGUAGACUUGACCACUUUCCUCCAUGUUAGUUACGGGAACCUCAGGCAAGAUUAUGUAGACAAAGUUUCAUUUUUGCAUCUUCGCUUUCAAAGACACAUGGAUUACGCUCAUGUAAAAGUUAAUUCCUUCCCUAUGCAAGUAGGUUGUUCAUUUUCUUUUCUUUUUUUGCUUUUUUUAAGAUUUAUUUUUAUUUAUUUGAAAGAGAGUCACAGAGAGAGGUAGACAGAGAGGUCUUCAUCCGCUGGUUCACUCCCCAUAUGGCUGCAAUGGCCGGAGCUGCGCUGAUCUGAAGUCAGGAGCCAGGAGCUUCCUCCAGGUCUCCCAUGUGGGUGCAGGGGCCCAAGGACUUGGGCCAUGUUAUACUGCUUUCCAAGGCCAUAGCAGAGAGCUGGAUCGGAAGAGGAACAGCCGGGACGAGAACUGGCACCCAUAUGGAUGCCGGAGCUUCAGGCCAGGGCUUUAACCUGCUGCACCACACUGCUGGCCCCUCUCAUAACACUUUCAUGUUGGAAGAAUUACGAAAGGGUCUAAUUGUUCUUCAGAAACUCUUUUUUACUGGUUUCAUUUUGUUGUUUUUUUUUUUUCUUAAAAUAAUUGUGAGAAAUAAUUAGCUGGAAUUUAGAUAUACAGAAUAGUUUUAAAAAGAGAGAUAUUCCACUACAUAUAUGUACUUAUUAAGUAACUUUAAAUCAAUCAUUUCACUUGUGAUUUCUCUGUGACCUAUUGGCUUAGCUAUGUAGUAAAAGAAUGCAAAGACAGCCUAUGAGUUUCAAAACUAAACACUCUGUAAGAACUGACUUUCUGUGCUAUAAUGUCAAAAAACAUUUAGCAGGUAGAAGUUAGUUAUCAAAUAAUCACACUAGGUUUUUGAAGAAUGAAUUUGAUUCAGCAAAAACAAAGCAGAUGCCAUUUGAAUGAUUCCUUUCACACAAAGCCCCAACAGUUAAACGAGUGCUUUAUGCUGCUUGCCAUAAAAUUUGAACACCAUUAUCAUGGCUAUGGCUUCCAUCUUUCCAGUAGAUCCAAGUUAGCUUCCAGUUCAGCCUUCAUAAAAUGCCUAGGAGGAAGCCCUGCGUAACAACCUCCAUUUUUAAGAAACCAGGAGAAUGCUAAUACAGUCUGAUGCGGUAAGGAAGUGAAGUGUGUAAUGAGAGCCCCGUGUGGGAGUCAAGGAUUUCUGCAGGAUCUUGAAGGUUUUCAUCAUCCUGAACUCAUUUUUUUUUCUUUGACAAAUACUCUGACU